UAUCUACGGUCCUCAACAGUAUUCUAUAUCGAUAUGUACCUACCUAUUUAGGUACCUAACUUGCUUGUCGUAAGGAUGUCAUUGUAAAAAUUGACAUGUACCUAACCUACUUCAAGACAAGACAUAAUAACCUGUAAAGCGAAUUUAUUGCGAAAUUGAGGAUAAAAUAAAUUGAUUUCAUAAAAUGAAUUUAAAUGUAAUGAAAUAUAUACAUAUUCCAGUCAUCAAAUAUUUUAGACGAGAUUUAAAUAACAAUGUAGCAGCGAUCACAAAAAUACAUAGAGACAUGUACAUGAGAACAUAUCCAACAACUGUCGUGUUGUCUGAUGGCUCUUCAAUCAACAUAAGAUACCACGAACCAAGAAAAAUAAUAAAGCUUCCACUUGACUUAUCCCAACUAACCGAUGAAGAAAGGAAGUUGAGAUUAGACAAAAGGAAACCUAAGAAAAAAGUUAAAAUCACUGAUGAUAUUGAAGACAAUUUUAGUGCUAAGAAAUAUUUGAAAUAUAUGAAGAAAAAAUAAUUAUUUCUUGUUAUAGUUAGUUCUGCCAUAGUAUUAAAUUAGUUCAUUACAAAAGUUUUA